GAAUUUGUUUUCGUCACAGAGGUCGCAUCGAUCAAGCGAAAGAUAGAAACAAAAUAUCCGUCUUUUGACUAGUCAUGACAAAAGAAUUACGAAUUUAGAACGGAUUUGAGCUGCAAUAAGCCCUAAUAAUAUGCCUACGGAUAAAUGAAUUAAAAAGCUGGGUUUAUGCUAGUUGCGAAUCAAGUUAGGAAAAUACUGAAGCAAGUAUAUGUCGCAGAGACUUCCUAGAAUUACAAAGAUGGCGGGUCAAAGCGAAGUCGUCAAAGAUUUUACACCAUUAGAACCGUUUGUUCACCAAGUCGGAGGGCACUCCUCUAUGAUGAAGUUCGACGAGAUUUCCGUUUGUAAACCAUAUCAGGACAGAGAGGAUUGUUUUUACAAGGAACUGCCUUCAGAUAUGAAAACCUUCACACCAGAAUACAGAGGUGUUGUUUAUGUGAGUUUUAAAGAAGACACGGAUGGCUACAUUCACAUCAUUGCACACCCAGACAAAAGUGCAUUGGAACAAGAAUCGCAAGGAUCAAACUAUAACAGCUCUGAGAGUGAUAGUGAGGAUCCGGACCUGAUGGAAUCCUCACCCAAAAGACGCUCACGGAGGGUCAGUAGAGUUGAAAGUGUAGAAAAGAGACCCCAUAGAGUCAGACUAAGAAGUGGUCGUAUUGAGCUGGUUGGUACAAGAAAGGAUGGACUCUUUGAGGCUGACGACAUGCCAGAGCAGUCAGACUGCCUGACGCAGAGUCAGCAAGACGAAUGCCUCAGGCUCGUCAUGCAGCCACUUCACGACCAUUGCAAUGAACACAAACAUCAGGCAAACCCUUGGGGGCUACAUCUCCAUUCUCAGCAGCUUAGUAAGAUGGCCAAAGCAUGCAAACUACAAAAAUUUAUCGUUCUUGAGAAUGUAGCAUAUCAAUUCUCAUAUCCCUGCAUAUUGGACCUAAAAAUGGGGACACGACAGCAUGGGGAUGACGCACCGAGUGAGAAACGUGCAAGAAUUAUGGCAAAGGUGGAGUCAUCCACCUCCAAGACGCUGGGCGUCAGAGCCUGCGGGUUACAGGUUUAUCAACAGAACUCGGGCAGAUUCAUGUGUAGAAACAAGUAUUAUGGAUUAAAGCUGACAGAGGAAGGCUUUAAACGUGAGCUUGUCUCUUUCCUUAAUAAUGGACAAAGACUACGGUUAGAGUUAAUAGAACCGCUGGUUCAGAGACUGAGAAGGCUCUACAAGGUUCUAGAUAAGCAGCAUUCAUACAGAUUCUACUCCAGUUCGCUCCUGCUAAUGUACGAAGGCGACGAAGCAAUAGGUCACUAUGAGAGAGAGAACUCCACACAUGAGAAGUCAGAAGAGGAGAAUAGUCUAAGCCGUAGUAACUCAACUGCCAGCUUUAAGAACCUGAGACACACCAAGGUGGAUGUACGAAUGAUUGACUUUGCUCACACCACCUGGGGAAACACGCGGAGCGGCCCUGAUAAGGGGUACCUGUUUGGGAUAGAAAAUCUUAUAAGACUCCUUGAGGAGAUCAUGUCAAGCUAUAUGGAGAAUGGAGAAACUGACUAGGAAGUAUGGAUGGUUCUUUUUAAAGAAGAUUUACACGAGCUCGUUCGUUUGGAUAUUUAGCAAAUUUUUGGUGCUAGGGCCGAUUUUUCCCUUCACAGACCGUAGCAGGGGCUUGGUAUUUUGCUGUCUGUUAUUCUUUGUUCAAUAAUUGUUUGACAAAUCGGUCGAUGUAAAUCCUUCUCUAGUACUUAACACUCGUUGUUGAUAGGUAGGUGAGGGAGUCAUGUAUCUUUACUUAGGCUUUAAACGUUUGCAAUAGCUAGACCCUUUAUCGAAAGCACUUAUUUGGAACUGCUUCCUGCAUACCAGCUUCUUUUUGUGACAGUCAAGCAACACGCUUGUCACACAUAAUUUUAGUAAUGCAACAUUUAUAAGGCAUUUCGUGACUGUUACUAAAAGUAGCUGUUAGGAGUUAUUUUCAUUCUUUUGGUGGUACCCUUGUAUAUAUUUUUUAUUAUUUUUGAACAAAAUAUAAAGCCAUAAAACAUGUAUAGAAACAUUUUGUUAUAUUGUUGUAACUAAAGUUAAUUUAAACAUAAAAUAGGUGAUAAUUUUCCGGUAAUUGUACAUAAUAAUUUCCUAAAAAAAUACCUAGUUGCUCUGUGAAUAACUUGGUGUAAUUUCAGAUAAGUGGCUUCAACUCAUAUUGAAAUGUCUCUGGUUGACAGGAUAGUGGAGUAUACACGUUCAUGAGUACAUAAAAGCCCUGCAGCAAUCUGCUUUGUAUAGAACUGGGGAGAUUUCCCGGAUAUCAUGAUGGUAAUAUACAUCCAAUCAUCACAACUUGUAUAGAACUGGGGAGAUUUCCCAGAUAUCAUGAUGGUAAUAUGCAUUCAAUCAUCACAACUUGUGAUUUUAGCAAUCUUUACACUAAAGAAUAUACUAACUACUAUAUUUAGAUAAAAAGACUAUUGCUAGAUAUUUGGGUAAAUAGGGGAUGGGUUCUAUUUAUAUUUUAUCAAGAUAUAAAGAUAGGAUUCCCUGUACAGUUUAUAAAGUUACAUUUCUUAUUAAAGUGAAAUUAUUUCA